AAGCAAGCUGUUUCGUUUUGAGUUGUCUUAACUCUAUAGAAAAUGGAUUUGUACUCUGCCUAUAUGAACCUUAUUCGAGACGCACUUUGAAUUGAUCAUGUGAUCACCUAAUUUCAGCUGCCCUUUCUCGUUUUCAGUGUAUGUAUUUGUGUCAAACAGUAAAAUAUUUACAUUAACCAACCCCUCUAUUUAUUUUUAUGGUAUACAUUACUCCUAAGUUUAUGUUGAGAAAUUGAGAAACAGGCUAGGAAGCAAGAUUCCAUGGAGAACCAAAGAGAGUCUGGUAUGAAAGAAAGGAAGAAACGCCGAGUGAUUCUGUUUCCACUGCCUUUGCAAGGUCACAUAAACCCCAUGCUUCAGCUUGCAAAUAUUCUCUAUGACAAAGGCCUUUCCAUAACUGUAAUUCACACCAACUUCAACUCCCCAAACUCUUCCAACUACCCUCACUUCCAUUUCUGCUCAAUCCCAGAUGGCUUAUUGGAACUGGGAGCCUCUAGCUCGGAUGUCGUAGCACUUACAACACACCUCAAUGUUAAUUGUGUGGUGCCUUUUCGGGAUUGCUUGGAUAAGUUGCUGUCAAAUGUUGAAGAGGAAGAGUCUACUGCCUGCCUAAUAACAGAUGCCGCCUGCCAUUUCACUCAUGCUGUGGCCGAUAGCCUUAACCUUCCGAGGAUAGUACUACGAACCAGUAGUAUCGCUUCUCUUCUUGCUUUUGCUGCCACUUCACUUCUACAUGAAAAGGGUUACUUCCCCAUUGAAGAUCUUGGAUCGGAAGCACCAAUGCCAGAAUUUCCAUCAUUAAGGGUGAAAGACAUUCCUUUGAUUCACACACAAGAUGAAGAGAAUUUUUAUCAAUUAUUAAUCAGCAUGAUCACUCAGAUCAAGGCCUCCUCAGGAUUAAUAUGGAACUCCUUUCAGGAGCUUGAGCAAGAUACGCUGAAGACAUUGGAACAUGACUUUCGCAUACCAAUAUUCACAAUAGGCCCCUUUCACAAGUAUUUGCCAGCUUCUUCAAGUAGCUUACUAUCCCAAGACACAAGUUCAAUUUCUUGGUUAGACAAACAGGCCCCUAAAUCAGUACUUUAUGUAAGCUUCGGCAGCAUUGUGGCCUUUAAUGAGACUGAAUUUCUGGAGAUAGCUUGGGGUUUAGCAGGUAGCGGGGUACCGUUUUUGUGGGUGGUUAGACCGGGAUUAAUCCGUGGAUAUGAAUGGCUUGAGCCACUGCCAAAGGGGUUCCUGGAAAAGCUAGAUGGAAGGGCACAUAUAGUGAAAUGGGCUCCCCAACAAGAAGUGCUUGCUCAUCCUGCAACAGGAGGAUUUUGGACACAUAAUGGUUGGAAUUCCACAUUGGAGAGUAUAUGCGAAGGGGUACCAAUGAUUUGCCAGCCUUGUUUUGGUGAUCAAUUGGUGAAUGCAAGAUAUGUGAGUCAUAUUUGGAGAGUUGGGUUGCACUUAGAAAAUCGCCUGAAGAGAGGGGAGAUAGAAAGAGUAAUUAGAAGAGUAAUCCUGGAGGCUGAAGGUAAGGAAAUGAGGGAUAGAAUUAUGGAUUUAAAGAAGAAAGUGGAUGUUUCACUAAGGCAAGGAGGUUCUGCAUAUCAAUCACUAGAGAGCUUGAUUAGUUACAUAGAAUCCUUCUAGAUAUUCCAGUCUUCCCUUCAAUGCUUCUCAAAUAAGUUAUCCAAUGUAAUGAACAACUUUCUGUGAUAAAGAUGACACCUUCAACAAAACUAUAUUUUUUGUUAAUGUAACACCCAUACAAAAGUGUAAGUUACUUUAACAAAUAGGGCUCAGUACAAUAUAAUAAUAAAAUGUCGGCCAAAGGACUAUUUCCCACCUAA